UCAUUAAAUACUACAUUUCCUACAAUCUCUAUACGAACACGUAAUAUCCGAAUUGUCCCAUAUUAACGCAUGCGUAAACUGCUUCCUCGCGCGACAAACCACUAUGGAUGAAGGCGGUGUGAUCUUUGAAAAAACUCUGGACGACGCUCCGGCAGUGCUGAUUUCACGGCCACAGACCGGUUUGUCCUUCUUAGCUCCUGAGCCCGAGGACCUGGAAGAUCUGUAUAGCAGAUAUAAGAAGCUGCAGCAGGAACUGGAGUUCCUAGAAGUGCAAGAAGAGUACAUCAAAGAUGAGCAAAAGAAUCUGAAGAAAGAAUUUCUUCAUGCCCAGGAGGAAGUGAAGAGGAUACAGAGCAUUCCUCUUGUCAUUGGGCAAUUCCUAGAGGCUGUGGACCAGAACACAGCCAUAGUCGGUUCCACCACAGGCUCCAACUACUACGUAAGGAUCCUGAGCACCAUUGACCGGGAGCUACUGAAGCCCAAUGCAUCAGUGGCGCUGCACAAGCACAGCAAUGCCCUGGUGGACGUCCUGCCCCCAGAGGCUGACAGCAGCAUCAUGAUGCUGACCUCAGACCAGAAGCCAGAUGUGAUGUAUGCAGACAUCGGAGGUAUGGACAUCCAGAAGCAAGAAGUGAGAGAGGCAGUGGAACUUCCCCUCACACACUUUGAACUUUACAAACAGAUUGGCAUUGACCCCCCUAGGGGAGUGUUGAUGUACGGUCCUCCGGGCUGUGGGAAGACCAUGCUGGCCAAGGCUGUAGCUCACCACACCACUGCCGCAUUCAUCCGCGUCGUAGGUUCAGAGUUUGUGCAGAAGUACCUUGGCGAGGGGCCUCGCAUGGUGCGUGAUGUCUUCCGGCUGGCCAAGGAGAAUGCCCCUGCCAUCAUCUUCAUCGACGAGAUCGAUGCCAUCGCCACAAAGCGCUUUGAUGCACAGACUGGGGCUGAUAGAGAGGUGCAGAGGAUCUUGUUGGAGCUGCUGAACCAAAUGGAUGGCUUUGAUCAGAACGUUAACGUGAAGGUGAUCAUGGCCACUAACCGGGCUGACACCCUCGACCCAGCGCUCCUUCGGCCCGGCCGCCUGGACAGGAAGAUUGAGUUUCCCCUGCCGGACCGGCGACAGAAGCGGCUGGUGUUCUCUACCAUCACAAGCAAGAUGAACCUUUCAGAGGAAGUGGACCUUGAGGAUUAUGUAGCCCGGCCUGACAAAAUUUCUGGAGCAGACAUCAACUCAAUUUGUCAGGAGGCUGGGAUGCUUGCAGUGCGUGAAAACAGAUACAUUGUUCUGGCAAAGGACUUUGAGAAGGCCUACAAAACUGUUAUCAAGAAAGAUGAGCAGGAGCACGAAUUUUACAAGUAGAGGGGGAAAGGAAUGAAAAUAAAUGUUGCUGUGAUGCACUCUCGCUUCCUUCUCUCUCUCUCUCUUUUUUUUAAUCUAAGGUGUUGUGAUAUCUGAAUAGACUUCCAGGCAUAUACAUACUAAUGCUGUCUGGAGGAUUGUAUGUUUUUGUAGAUUGUGUGUACUCUAUAAGAAACUUUCUUGUCUCAUAACUGUAUGUGCUUCAUUACAAGCCUCUGUCUGUAGAAACAUUUCCAGUACACAACUAUUUUUGGGUGUCUGUAAAACCUUACAUUUGGCAUUUUAGAAUUGUCAUAAUUGUGGUUGCAAUAUGGUUCAUAUAGAUUUGGGGAAUUAUGGGGGAAUUGUGGGGAAAAAAUGCCAACCAAAGGAACUAAUAUUUGCUUAGAUUCUACUAAUGGUAUUUACAUGUUCAUAGUAUACUUUUUUACCUUGGAGUUUGUUUGAAAAGGAAUUAGUAAUUGGAUGUUAUGGAUUACCGCAGCAGUUGAUGUAUGAAAACAUGAAAAUACAUUAGUGGUAAAUGUGGGCAGAAUUUGUAAA